AUGGAAUUAUUGAGAGAACCUCAUGGUUUAGUUAUAACUCAGAGAAAGUUUACCUUGGACUUAUUGUCUGAAUUUGACUGUCUUCAUCUCAAGCCCGCCUCUUCACCUCUAAAUCCUACACACAAGCUUCUUCCAGAUGAUGGUGAUCCUUUACCUGACCCUACUUUCUAUCGUCGGCUGUUGGGAAAGCUUAAUUUUUUAACCCAUACACGACCAGAUUUGUCCUUUGCUGUUCAGACUCUUAGUCAAUACAUGCAAUGUCCUCGUCAACCUCAUUUAACCGUUGUUUAUCACUGUCUCCGAUAUCUCCUCCGGGAUCCUGGACUGGGUUUAUUUAUGUCUUCACAUGCCUCUUUUCGUCUUCUUGCUUAUUGCGAUUCUGAUUGGGGGAAUUGCCCAGUCACUCGUCGUUCCAUCAGCGGGUUUUACAUCAGUCUAGGGGGUUCUCCGAUCUCCUGGAAGUCAAAGAAACAACCUUUAGUGUCUCUUUCUUCUGCCGAAGCAGAAUAUCGCUCUAUGAGAAGAGUGGUUGCAGAGGUUACCUGGUCUCAAGUCGCCGACAUUUUCACGAAACCUUUGUCUGGUCCUGCUCAUCGGAACAUCAUUGGCAAGUUGGGUGUGGUCUCCACCCCUUCCAACUUAAGGGGGGAUGUCAGUGAUCACAACACUGAGUUUCACCAUGGAAGUGAACUCGAUUCAGAACUCAAAGAGAAUGGACAAAAGAUGAGGGACAAAGUUUGA